UCCGGUGACCGCGCAGCCGCCCAAAGCAGCGGAAUGGAGGAGGUCCCUCAUGACUGUCCCGGAACCGGCAGCGCCCAGGCGGGCCGAGGGGCCUCAUGUCAGGGGUGCCCCAACCAGCGGCUUUGCGCAUCUGGAGCUAGUGCCGCUCCGGACCCGGCCAUAGAGGAAAUCAAAGAGAAGAUGAAGAGUGUGAAACACAAGAUCUUGGUGCUGUCUGGGAAAGGUGGCGUUGGGAAAAGCACAUUCAGUGCCCACCUGGCCCAUGGCCUAGCAGAGGAUGAAAACACACAGGUUGCUCUUCUAGACAUUGACAUAUGCGGGCCGUCAAUUCCCAAGAUAAUGGGAUUGGAAGGCGAGCAGGUUCACCAGAGCGGCUCAGGCUGGUCUCCAGUGUUCCUGGAAGACAACUUGGGGGUGAUGUCGGUGGGUUUCUUGCUCAGCAGUCCCGACGACGCUGUCAUCUGGAGGGGACCAAAGAAAAAUGGCAUGAUCAAGCAGUUCCUCCGCGACGUGGACUGGGGUGAGGUCGACUACCUCAUCGUGGACACCCCGCCCGGGACGUCGGACGAACACCUGUCGGCCGUCCAGUACCUGGCCGCGGCGCACAUUGACGGGGCGGUGAUCAUCACCACCCCGCAGGAGGUGUCGCUCCAGGACGUCCGCAAAGAGAUCAGCUUCUGCCGCAAAGUGAAGCUGCCGGUCCUCGGGGUGGUGGAGAACAUGAGCAGCUUCGUCUGCCCCAGGUGCCAGAAAGAGUCUCAGAUCUUCCCACCAACGACAGGGGGCGCGGAGGUCAUGUGCCAGGAUCUACAGGUCCCGCUCCUCGGCAGAGUGCCCCUGGACCCGCGCAUAGGUAAAAGUUGCGACAAAGGACAGUCUUUUUUCGUUGAAGCACCGGAUUCACCAGCCGCUUUAGCCUACAGAAGUAUAAUUCAGAGUAAGUGUUCAGGAAUCCAGGACUUUUGUAGCCUGCGUCAGCCGAAGGGAGAGGACCGCGUCAGUGUCUGAAACACAGGAGGACGUGGAGGACACAAGCAGCACGUCUGUCCCACCCGACUAGCUCGGGCACGAGGUGGGGGUCACAGGCAGGAAGGGACCAGACCUGAGCCUGGUGUGAAGUCACUUUAAUCAUCUAACGUUUGUUCACUUUUCUUUAGAACAUGUAUGUAAAGGGCGUUCUUUACAGAUGUGCCAUUUUAAAAAUAAAAACACCUCAUCAAA